GAGAGAGGAAGAAGAGUCACUCAUCUUUUCCUACCUUUUGCUUUCUCCCUCUCUCUCUCUCAUCUUCUUGCUUUUCUUUUCUUUCCCUCGCUGGAUUUCUGACCUAAUUGUCUGAUCAUCAAUCAACACCACCAUCUCCCUCUCCUUCUUUUAGUUUCUUCCUAAUUCCUCAUCCAAUUACCAAGCAUCAGUUUGUAUAAUAAAGGUCAAAUCUUUUUUUUAAUUAUUAUUAUUAUUAAGAAGAGAGAUCAGAAGAAGAAGAAGAUGACUCCUCCAUCAAAUGUGUCGGCGGCGGCGGCGGCGGGAGGGCAAUUUGGGGAUACAACAUACACCAAGGUGUUUGUUGGAGGGUUGGCUUGGGAAACCCAAAAGGACACAAUGAAGAACUACUUUGAACAAUUUGGUGAUAUCUUGGAAGCUGUUGUCAUCACCGAUAAGGCCACCGGUAGAUCCAAAGGCUAUGGAUUUGUAACUUUUCGAGAACCAGACGCAGCCAUGAGGGCUUGCGUUGAUGCAGCUCCGGUGAUAGAUGGGAGGAGGGCCAACUGUAAUUUGGCUUCUUUGGGUCUUCAAAGAUCUAAACCUUCAACCCCAAAACAUGGAAGUGGAGGAGGAGGAAGGAAUAACAUGAGGGGUGCAAUGGGAACAUUUCAGACGGCGUUUGGAGGAGGAGGAACGGCGGCGGCGGCGGCUGCUUAUGCGUCGGCGACGGCGUUCACUCCAGCUCAUUAUGCUAUCCAGCAAGGGAUACCUUACAAUCUUUAUGGGUAUUCCACAUAUUCGUCUGACUACUCUUAUCCCACGGGAUACUAUGGUGUUUAUGGAGGCGCCGCCACUCAAUAUCCGAUAUACGGCGCCGGCGGCGGAGGGAUGGCGGCAGCUGCAGCCUACUACCCAUUUCUGAACUUCGGUGAAGGAAACGGCGCCGGAGCUCCGGCUACUGGAUACGCCGCAGCCGGUGGACAGGGGUACGGCCUUCAAUACCCACAUCAGCUGUUUCAAUACUCUGCCUUGAACUCAUCUAGUGCCGCCGGCGGCUACCCUCAUCAUCACUACGGCGCUCCAAUGUCACUUGCACCCAACGCUCCUCUGCACUCAGUUUGUUUUGCUGUGCCACAGGCGUGACAAUGGCGAUGGCCGCCGUUCAAGCACCAAUCCCUCAUCGUUAAAAAGAUCUCUCUCUUUUUUUUUUCAUUUUCCAGAAGCAUCCAAAGACCUGUGGCCUUAUCAUGGUUCUGUUUCUCUCUAUCUAUCUUCUAUCUAAAGGGCAGAAGCUCUUCAUAUCAUCAUGUCAGCUAAAAUUGUUUCUCUUGAAAAAGGAAUGGAUCCUGAUUAAAGAGAAUCAAUUUAUAAGCAAAACUUAUAAGCUUUAUCUGCAUAUGGAACCAAUUACAAGCUCAAUGUGGAUCAAGAGCUUUAUAAAUUGGUGAUCAUUUCAUCUUCAUCUUCAUAUCAUACAUCAUCCAUCAUCCAUCAUCCAUCAUCCCAACUAACUUACAACAGCCCUUUUUUUUGGAAAAGAAAGGGCUAACUUCAUCAUAUCUAGCUAGUUAGGUAAUUUAGGUUAUAAUUAGCCAAGGCCAAAAGGAGAAAAAAAAAUGGCUAAUUUUUAUUCUAUGAUCCAUUUUUACAAGGGCCUUUCAAGAAAAUGUAAAUUAUGAAAAAUGGGUCCCUUCAACUUUCAAAUUGGCUAAUCCCCACCUUCUUUCCAAACUUUUUUUUUUUGGUUGAUAAAUUACCUCUAUGGGUAGAGGUAGCUUUAGCAAAUCUUGGGGGCACUGGAUACAUCCAUUGUAAGUACUUGUGCUCUUUUUUCUUUCUUUUUUUUGGGUGGAAACACUUCUCCGUGGGCAAGGGGAAGAAGAUCGAUCAAUGGAUUGAUCAAUCAAUGAAACUGACGUAGAUUCGUUAUUUUUUAAUUUUUCCAACAUUUUUGGGGGCUAAACUCUUGGGAGUUGUAGCCUGUUCAUCAUCACCUUUAAACAUAAAAGCUGUGAGCAUUUAGUGGCAUCUAGUGUACGUAGUUCCACUGACAGUAGUUUUGAGAGCUUCCAUGAAUGGCUCUGGAGCUCAAAAUAUUGCAUCAAAGAAGACAAUCCUUAGGGAGAUAUUUUGGGACUUCCCUUUGGAUUCUCUUCUAUUCACUCUUCUUCUAACCUACUUCAUAUAAUCAACCAUGGUUAGGACUCAGGUCUUCAUCUCUCUCUCUACAACUUCUUCUUCUUCUUCUUCUUGCUUCAAGAUGGAACUUGAUAUAUGUACUAAGUAUUUGCUUUGGAUUGUAACUGCUUAAUUAAUUAUUAGAACUACUUAUUUCCCUUUUCUCUUCCUAUGGUGGAUUGAGAAUAUUGGGUACUGGAUACUGCUGUUAUUUUCAUCAUGUUACUUAUUCAAUGACUGAUCUGCUUAUGUUUAUAUAUAUUAUAAUUAGUACUAAUAUGUUCUGU